GGCUUUUCCUCAUCUAGCUAACUGGUCUGGGAGACAAAUAAUGAUCCUCUAGUUAAAGAGAAUGAAAGCUUUGUUUGUUGUCGUGGUUGCAGUACUGUCCUUAUCAUUGGCUAAAUGCAGGGCAUCUGAUGACGUUGUUUUGACUGCCUGGCCUCAGGGACCGCACUUCUACCUCGGGGAACCCAUCGUUCUGUCAUGUGGGGUAAAAAGAAACUCUUCACAGGUGUGGACCUACAAUUGGUUUAGACACAACCUCAGUGAGGCUUCUACCCCCAGCCGUGCUCACAGAGUGAGGCAUCACAUUUACUCCAUUUCAGCGCUGACCUUUGAGGACAGUGGCACGUACUGGUGUAGAGCUGAGAAUCGGGGCACAAAUACCACCCUACUGAGUAACCCAGUGUCUAUAAGUGUCACAGCAGAUUCACCUCCUGCAUCCAUGGACGUCUUGCCUGACAGUAGUCAGCACUUGCAGGGUGGAAAUUUUUCUCUGCACUGUUCAGCAAAUGGUGGUGAAACAGCAGGCUGGACCUUGAGGCAGCUUCGCAGUUUGCAGUUAGAGGACAGAGUCAGUCUGGAGAGACCAGACAAAUUCAGCUUUAACAACAUCACUGGUGGGUUAAGUGGCCUGUACUGGUGUGAAGCAGCCAGAGGGGAUCGGCGCAGCAAUGCCAUCAACAUCAUUGUGAGCGAUGUAAUACUCCAAACUCCAGCUCGACCUGUAAAAGAGGGUCAGACUGUGACUUUACUAUGUAAAACUUCCACCAACUUUAAAGUAUUUAUCAAUAAAGAUGGUGUGACGUUCUUGGAUAAUAUUACCAUCACAGUGGAGAAUGUGACUAAGGCUCAUGAGGGAUUUUACAAGUGUGUCAAUUCAGCUAAUGUGGAAAGCCCAGAAAGCUGGCUCUCAGUUAAAGGUACCUCUAAAGAUCACCUAGAGAAAGAAAAACCCUUUAUAGCAACGUGGGUCUGGCCCGUCUGUGCCAUCAUCAUCAUUUUGCUUCUCAUUCCUGUCAUCUUUCUGCUUGUACGAAGUCUCAGAAAACGAGUAAAGCUCUGUCCAAGAUCCGGAACGUUUAAUACCCUUCAGGAAAUGCCUAGAACCAAACAGGAUGUGACAGAGAUCCAGUGGGACCUAGCCUGGAUGGAGAUGACUAAUCUACUGGACAAGCCACACACUGUCAGCUGAACAUCCACAUUAAACUAUGUACAUACAGUCUAAUCAAAAUCAAACCAAUAUGAAAACUGCAACAAAUACUGUGGCUCUCUCAUCCAUAUUUUAUAAUUAAUAUGUAAAGUAAUUGACAGAGAUGUUAUUAGUAUUAUUAUUAAGCUGAAAUGAAAAGCAAAAUCAGUCUUUGGUGUGAACAUUCUUGUCCUCAAAACUACAUCAUUCAUGGAUAUGUCGUUUAAAUAAAAAAAUUAAAAAGUAAGACUUGUUCGAUUAGCUCCACCCAAACCAACACAUCAUGAUUUGUAAAUGUCUGAUAAUGGCUGUAUUAAUAUGCAUAAAAUAUUGUGUUACUGUCAGGAAAAGAUUUUCCACUUAUUCAACAUUGUCAGAAUAAAAAAUAUUAUUUCUUUAAA